AUGUUGGUGGGCACGUAUGUUGUUAUCUUCAUGAUGGUAUCAAGAGUAAUAUCUGAUCAGGUAGUAACAAAAAAGCGACAGAAACGAUAUUUAUUAUUUACGCCAAAUACACAGUGGGGUGUGUAUGCGACCGUAUCAGUGCCACUGGAAAUGUAUCAAUAUGUGAGUGUAGCCUGGUUCUUUGAAGCGAACUACUACACCGUCGCCAAUGCCACGUGGUUUGAGCCACUACUUGGAGACAUUUAUCCUCAAUCAAGGAAUAGAGAACAUCGAAGCAUUGGAGAAAGAAGAGAUAUUGUAACGCGCAAGCUUUUUUAUAUUUUCAUCGAAAAUAUGUUAGAAAGACAGGGAUAUCCAGGCUGUCCCUGCCUGCUGCGAGGAAUUUGUGAGAACGCCGACUCCCAUUUCUUGCAUAAUGGUCUUGUUGGAGACUUGCUUUAUUUUAUUCUUACGCCCUCCACUUCGAUCUCAGAAGAUGAUAUAGAGGAUUGCUACUACGAAGCAGAAUACGAUGGCUUAGAGAACAAUUGCGAAAAAUACAUCGAAGAAUGUCCGUUAAAUCCUUUAGAAAAUAUUUCAUUGAACGCUGAAAUUGAUUUUACAUAA